CCCGAUCCCCGUCGUGGCAGGGCUGCACUACCUGCACCGGCCAGCGGCCACGCUCGGUCGCCGGUCCCGUGCCCUCCGGUGACCACGUGGCGCGCGCACCGGUGGCCUGGCCUAGUUGGAUUCCGCCCUCUCCCGUCGCAGCCGCAUCUCCGUGGCACCGGUCCCACCGACCAGUGGGAUUCACCUGCCCCGUCGCUCCUCGUCGUCCCCACCCGCGCAGUGAGGCACUGAGGCUGGCACGCCGCCGGCAGACGAGCCAACAGCGCCUCGGCGCCAUCGCAGGCGAACGCCGUCACGUGCUUCACGGCCCUCUCCUCCUCGGCUUCUCCUCAUCCACCUGCCGUUCGUCUCCCUCGGUCUCAGGCCGCGGCUCUAUAUAAAGCGGUGCCGCAGCUCGGGGCUCUGGCAGAUUUCAGUCGAGGCCCCUCCGUCGAUUCGCGGCUAGAUCGAUUGGCGAGAGAGGGAGAGAGAGGCAGGGAUGAUGGCGAAGAUCCUGGAGGGCCGCCCGGCGAAGAUGGGGUUCCGGAUGCCGGCGGAGUGGGAGCCGCACGAGCAGUGCUGGAUGGGAUGGCCCGAGCGUCCAGAUAACUGGCGGGAGAAUGCUGGUCCAGCUCAAGAGACAUUUGCGAGAGCUGCAAUUGCCAUUUCAAAGUUUGAGCCCGUCACAAUAUGUGCAAGUGCCAAGCAGUACCCCAAUGUCCACAAGCUGAUGGAACAUCAGACGAACAUCAGGGUGGCUGAGAUGAGCAUGAAUGAUUCCUGGUUCCGUGAUAUGGGGCCCACUUUUAUCACCCGGAAAGUUGAGUCAGGAAUCGAAAAACAGACAAUAGCAGGAAUCGAUUGGCAAUUUAAUGCCUGGGGAGGAAUUUAUGAUGAUUGGAGUCUUGACAGCGAUGUUGCCAAGAAAAUAUUUGAGAUUGAGAGGAUCCCUAGGUUUUCGCAUAAAAUGGUUCUCGAGGGUGGAAGCAUUCAUGUAGAUGGAGAAGGUACGUGCAUCACAACGGAAGAAUGCUUGCUGAAUCCUAACAGAAACCCCAACAUGAGCAAACUAGAGAUAGAGAAUGAGCUGAAGGAUUUCCUUGGGGUCACAAAGGUCAUCUGGAUACCUCGUGGGCUGUACGGUGAUGAGGACACAAACGGUCACGUUGACAACCUCUGCUGCUUCAUCAAACCCGGCGUGAUCCUCUUGUCCUGGACGGAUGACGAGAAGGACCCCCAGUACGAGCGGUCGGUCGAGGCGCUGUCAGUUCUCACCCGAUCGGUGGACGCCAAAGGACGGCACCUGGAGGUGGUGAAGAUCCACGUCCCGGGGCCUCUGUACAUGACACAGGAAGAAGCGGACGGCGUUCUUUCAACGGGGCACGCCGUGGCGAGGGAGCCGGGCACGAGGCUGGCCGCCUCGUACGUGAACUUCUACGUCGCCAACGGCGGGGUCGUGGCGCCGGCCUUCGGCGACGACAGGUGGGACAAGGAGGCGUGCGCGGUUCUGCGGAAGGCGUUCCCUGACCACGAGGUGGUGAUGGUGGAGGGCGCGCGGGAGAUCGUGCUGGGGGGCGGCAACGUCCACUGCAUCACGCAGCAGCAGCCCGUGCGCCCGUCGUAGGCGCAACGGUCGACGUCGACGCGUGCGAUGGCUGGCGACGGAGGACGUGCCAUGCUAGGAGCACCAGUAGUACUGUAGUAGGAGUAUCGAUCUCCGGUCGUUAUCGAGCUCGACGAUUCGUGGGAAGAAUAAGACCUGUCAGCAGCUGGUUGACGAACGUGAAAUGUUCAGGCGCCACGCAGGCGGCACCUUUGGCAUUGAAAUUUGUGCUGCCGACCGGCCCGGCCAGCCGGCCCGGCCAGUUGAUGGAUGAUGAUGUUCGCUGAUAUCCUCUGUUGGUGCCUUGGUUGUGAGUGGACACGUUGAGGGCAUCCAUCACCAUCAGCCGCUUCGGGUUCGGCAUGUCUGGCCGUCGUGCCUCUCUA